AUGUCUGACAAGGAAACAACAUCCGGCACCGGCACCGACACCGAUAACAACACCCUGCGUGCCGACCACACACCCGUUUCAGCCGCCGCCAUCGCCCAGGGCAACCUGGCCGGCAUCCGCACCAAGGUCACCGAUGUGGAGAAGAACAGCGGCGCACCAAAUAGUGACGACGACGACAAGGCGGACGACGACAAAAACGGCGUUGCCGCGCCUGCACAGGCGCCGUCGCCCUUUGGGGAUGCGCCCGACGGCGGCCUGCAGGCCUGGCUGGUCGUCCUCGGCGCGUGGGCGACGUCCUUUUGCAGCUUCGGCUGGAUCAACAGCAUCGGCGUCUUCCAGGACUACUACGAGAACGGCCCGCUGUCCAACUACUCGUCGAGCACCAUCUCGUGGAUCCCGUCGCUGCAGCUCUUCUUCAUCAUGGCCCUGGGCCCCGUCAUCGGGUACCUGUUUGACGCGUACGGGCCGCGCUACUUGAUCCUGGGCGGCACGCUGCUCCACGUCUUUGGCCUCAUGAUGGCCUCUCUCUCCUCGCAGUACUACCAGUUUAUGCUGUCGCAGGGCGUCUGCAGCGCCAUCGGCGCCGCCGCCAUCUUCCAGCCCGCCCUCAGCUGCCUCCCCGGCUGGUUCAGCAAGCGCCGCGGCCUCGCCUACGGCAUCUUGGCCACGGGCACCUCGGUGGGCGGCGUUAUUUUCCCCAUCAUGGUCAGCCGCCUCAUCGACAGCGUCGGCUACGGCUGGGCCAUGCGCGCCAGCGCCUUUCUGAUCCUGGGCCUGCUCGUCUUGUCCAACCUGACCGUCCGCUCCCGCUUCCACUCCCACCCCAGCUUCCAGCGGGCCCCGCCCCUAACCCGCAAGCAGAUGGUCACGCCCUUUUUCGAGCCCGGCUUUGCCACCAUGCUCGCCGGCAUCUUCUUCAUGACCUUUGGCAUCUUCGCGCCCAUCGACUACAUCCCGGUCGCCGCCCUGGCCACCGGCAACGUCACCCCCAGCCUCGCCCUCUACAUGGUGUCCAUCUUCAACGCGCUGUCGCUCUUCGGCCGCCUGCUCGCCGGCUGGGUGUCGGACCGCAUCGGCAAGUACAACGCCUUCAUCAUCGCCUGCUACGCCGCCGGCGUCGUCGUGCUCGCCCUCUGGAUCCCCGGCACGAGCCGGUCUGCCCAGAUCGGCUUUGCUGCCAUCUUUGGCUUCUUUUCCGGCGCCUACAUUGCCCUCAUUGGCUCGCUCGUCGCCCAGGUGUCCGCCCCCAAGGAGAUUGGCUACCGCACCGGCCUCGUGUUUCUCAUCGCCGCCAUCCCCAGCCUCACCACGAGCCCCAUUGCCGGUGCCAUCCUGUCCGCCAACAACAGCUGGCUCGGCGUCAAGAUUUUUUCUGGCGUGCUGCUACUCCUCGGCUCGUCCGUGACCCUGGCCGCGCGUGUCAUCUACACCGGCUUCAAGCCGACGGCCGUUUUCUGA